UGGGCCGGGGCCGGGGCCGGGGCCGGGGCCUCGCCAUGGCCGGGGCCAUCGCGUCCCGCAUGAGCUUCAGCUCUCUCAAGAGAAAGCAGCCCAAGACGUUCACCGUGCGCAUUGUCACUAUGGACGCGGAGAUGGAGUUCAACUGCGAGAUGAAAUGGAAGGGGAAGGACCUGUUUGACCUGGUGUGCCGAACUCUGGGACUACGGGAAACCUGGUUCUUUGGACUGCAGUACACAAUCAAGGACACCGUGGCCUGGCUCAAAAUGGACAAAAAGGUGCUGGAUCAUGAUGUUUCAAAGGAAGAGCCGGUCACCUUUCAUUUCCUGGCCAAAUUUUAUCCAGAGAAUGCAGAGGAGGAGCUGGUGCAGGAGAUCACUCAGCACUUAUUCUUCCUCCAGGUGAAGAAGCAGAUUCUGGAUGAGAAGAUCUACUGCCCUCCAGAGGCGUCGGUGCUCCUGGCUUCCUAUGCGGUCCAGGCCAAGUAUGGUGACUAUGACCCCUCUGUUCACAAGCGUGGGUUUUUGGCCCAGGAGGAGCUGCUUCCAAAAAGGGUAAUAAAUCUGUAUCAGAUGACACAAGAGAUGUGGGAGGAGAGAAUUACCUCUUGGUAUGCAGAGCAUCGAGGCAGAGCAAGAGAUGAAGCUGAAAUGGAAUAUUUGAAGAUUGCCCAGGACUUGGAGAUGUAUGGUGUGAACUAUUUUGCAAUCCGGAAUAAAAAGGGCACAGAACUGCUGCUUGGUGUGGAUGCUCUGGGACUCCACAUAUACGACCCUGAAAACAGACUGACUCCCAAAAUCUCCUUCCCUUGGAAUGAAAUCCGGAACAUCUCCUACAGCGACAAAGAGUUCACCAUUAAGCCUCUGGACAAGAAGAUUGACGUCUUCAAGUUUAACUCCUCAAAGCUGCGUGUUAACAAGCUGAUUCUGCAGCUGUGCAUUGGAAACCAUGACCUCUUCAUGCGGAGAAGGAAGGCUGACUCGCUGGAGGUGCAGCAGAUGAAAGCCCAGGCCCGGGAGGAGAAGGCCAGAAAGCAGAUGGAACGGCAGCGUUUGGCUCGAGAGAAGCAGAUGAGGGAAGAGGCUGAGCGGACAAGGGAUGAAUUGGAGAGGAGGCUCUUACAAUUGAAGGAGGAAGCCACUAUGGCUAAUGAAGCCUUGAUGCGGUCCGAGGAGACGGCUGACCUGCUGGCAGAAAAGGCCCAGAUCACAGAGGAGGAGGCAAAGCUCUUAGCUCAGAAGGCAGCCGAGGCCGAGCAGGAGAUGCAGCGGGUCAAGGCCACGGCCAUUAGGACGGAGGAGGAAAAGCGCCUGAUGGAGCAGAAGGUGCUGGAGGCUGAGAUGCUGGCGCUGAAGAUGGCUGAGGAGUCCGAGAGGAGAGCAAAAGAGGCUGAUCAGCUGAAGCAGGACCUGCAGGAGGCCAGAGAGUCCGAGAGAAGAGCAAAGCAGAAGCUCUUAGAGAUCACCAGCAAGGCUUCCUACCCGCCCCCCGUGAGCUCGAGCGCCCCAGCCCUGCCGCCCGACGUGCCCGGCUUCGGUCUCAUUGGCGAGAGCCUGUCCUUUGACUUUAAGGACACUGACAUGAAGCGGCUCUCCAUGGAGAUUGAGAAGGAGAAAGUGGAGUACAUGGAGAAGAGCAAACACCUGCAGGAACAGCUCAAUGAGCUCAAGACGGAGAUUGAGGCGCUCAAGCUCAAGGAGCGGGAGACGGCGCUGGACAUCCUGCACAGCGAGAGCGCCGACAGGGGCGGCAGCAAGCACAACACCAUCAAAAAGCCUCAAGCCCAAGGCAGAAGACCUAUCUGCAUUUGAGCCCCCAAGUGGGCUGUUCCGAGCUCACCUUGCAGAGCACCAAGUCCCGAGUGGCCUUCUUCGAGGAACUCUAGGAAGCGAGCCAGCCACCCGAGGAGCGGCCCCCCGUGCACAGCGGGACCGCCCUGCGCACGAAGGCGAUCCCCGGACACGCCGGCUGGGCCACGAGGGGCUUUCCUUCGGCCAGCGGCGACCCGAUGCCAAGGACGUGCAAUGGCCUUGAACUCCAGCCCUUCCCGGACUUUUGGGGUGGGGUUCAAGCUUAUGGAUGUUUUUAAAUGUUCAGUCUCCUUUGUCUAUUGUGUAGUUGUGGUGCCCGCCUGGUCUUCAGAGACACCGGGGUUUGUGCUUUUUGCCAGAGGCGGACUCGGCCUGUCCCCCGGGGGGCUGGGGGCUGGGGGCUGAGGCUGCGGUUACUCCCUGGGGGCGUCCUCACGACCCCCUCUGAGCACCAGGAGCUGGGGAGAUUGGGGGGUUUGUCCCCACACCAGGGCUGCAAGAGUGGAAGAUCCGGACUUGCCGGGGCAGCCUCAGGGGCCGGGCCCGGGAAAGGAACGCCUGUGUUCUGGCGGCGUGGAGGGCCCGCCUUGCAGAUGGGUCUCCGGGCUCUGGAGGAGGGAGGGGGGAGGUUCUCCCCCCCCAGCAAGCCGCGGUCCGGGCCCUCUGGCAGACCCAGCACAGCAGCCGUGGGUGCCGGACGCCGGGGCCGUGUCUGGCGGGGAGCAGCCGCCCCCAGAGCCCGCUUCCCUGCAUGUCCCUUUUCUGUCUGGGCUUCCCUCCCUGUGCCCUAAGACGUGAGGGACCCGAUAUUCCUUGGGACCUUCUAGUAAGCAGCCGAGGCCCGGCGGGCUGCGGGGCUCCCAGCGCUCUCUGCGGCCCCCAGGUUCUCCCAGCCUGCCUCUCUCCAGCGCUGGUGAACCUCGCAUUCUCCCUUGGCAGGAGACAGGACUGCUCUGGCUCGUCUCUGCUUCUGUGCCCUGAGUCGCGCUCCCCGGCCCUCACAUCGGCUCGUGUUCCAUCUCGGUCCCCCUCCCCGCAGGACAUCCGGGCCUUCCCUCCCGUGCCCACGGCGGGGGCGCCGACUGUUCUGUGCUCAGUUGGGGACUAGAGAAGCGCCUCUUCCUUGUCCUUGGUGGGACGACUCCCCCCGGCCACGGUCCCCGCCUUGGACCUCCGGCUGCUGUGGGAUCCGGGGCUUCGGAGCUUGUCAGAGACGGAGAAGUGAAGGAGCCCGUCCCGUGCGGUCCCAGGGGGCCGGGGGCUUCUUCCUGCGGCUCCCCCGCAGCCGGGCUGCCCUCUGGGACUGGGACCCAGGCUCCUCACAUUCUCUGUGUCCCCGGGCCCCCCCCAGCCCCCUGCCGCCUCUGUCUGUCCUUCCUGCUGGCAGGGGGAUGGCCUGAAUGACCUCGUGGCUGCUUGUGGCCGUUCGGCCGCAGCUUGUAUCCGGCGGGCUCGUUCUGUGUGUUGUCUGUGAUUCUGAAUAUAAAAACACUUAGCCAGUCAGAAGUCUGGGGGUCUGUCCCCCCGCCCCGGGAGCCUUCCUCCCAGACUGCUCCCCAGGGGGCUCUGGCUCCACGGUCAGUCUCUGGGACCGGCAGGGGGACAACUGGGGGGGGGGUCGGAGCUCAGCCAGGGCAAGUCUCCCACCCUGGGGAAGCCCGGUGCCUCCGACUGCUGGGCACGGCCCUGGCACUGCCAGGUAACGCCGGCCUCGAGGUCCGAGAAGGCCUGUGAGCGAGAGCGCCGCGGUCACACCUCGGGGAGAGCCGGGGGCCUGGGCAAGAGGGCCGAGCCCCCGACUCCGGCUCCCCGGAAGCCUCCCACGCCCCCCAGAGCUGUCCCUCGUCUGCCUCCCGUGCCCGUGACCUUGCCCAGACCCCGUCCAUCAUCGCCUUGGCUCCUCUUUAACCUGACGGAGGAGAGCCGACCCUGGAGGCCUGAGGCCGGGUCCCAGUUCUGACUGCACCUCCCCAAGCCAUUCUCUCCGGGUCAGUGAAGUCACAGACCCAGCCCCUCCCCAGGCAGGGGCUUCCUCCACCACUAAGGAUUUAAUGGCCACCCUCUGCUCGCGGGAAGGGAACGCCGGGCGAGCCGGUGACCUCGGCUGGAGAGCUGCCCCCUUGUCCGCUCCCGCGGGCCCCUGCCCGGCAGACCCUGGUCCGUGGGGCUCGUUCCCCAGAGCUUAGAGGUGGCUUAGUUCCGUGUCUCUAAUGUCCCUGAAGCGCAUAAUUGUAACCUGUACCUGAACUUCUGACAUGCCACUGGAGCGGAGGGAAGAGACGGGCGGGAGCAGCGGCGGCUGCCUUGGGGAGUGUGGGGUGAGCUUGGGGGGCGGCCGGGCCCCCCUCACUCCCACACCCAGACUGACCGUCUCCCCGAGGGACGUCUCGGCACUCAGCGGUGCCUGGGAGACGAGGUGCCCGCGGCCGGAGCGCCCACACUCCGGGCGAAGGGGCAUCUGGGCACCUCGGGGGAGAGGUCCCGCAGCGUCCCCGCUCUGUCUGUCCCUCCGCUCUCGUGUCUCUGUGUGUCCCCGUCUCCCCUCUCUCCAGAGUCAAAGCACAUCCAGAGCCCCCCACCCCAGAAAAGAGAACCCCCCGCGAGCUCUUACCAGAGCGCGGGGCCCCUCGUGCCCCCAUCGGUGCCAGCUUCCCUGGGCUCCAGCCGGACUUGGCAGGCGGCGCCUGACGGGGAGUCUCCUCCAGUUCCCUCUCCAAAGGUGGGGCGAGAGCUGGGCUGGUUCGGCUGCUCUCGUGACCGGAGGGGUGGAGCCCCCUCUCCCAUCAGGUGAAAUACCCACGAGUCUGUUUUCUAUUCUGGGGGAUUGUUCUAUUUUAACUGAUUGUUUUAAUAAAAAUUCAAAGCUGCAGAA